AUGCAGGCCACGCAGGCCAUGUCGAGGUGCUCGGCUUCGUGCUCGGCGAAGCCCAGGCUGGCCACCCCUGCUGCGCGGACUCUGCUGCGCGCUCGCGUCCCGUGCGCGCGCCGCCAGGAGAGCCGCAUCGGCGCAGCAGCCCAGACGGUCGGACUCCCGCCGUAUGGUGACAUCACGAGGCUGGACGACGAGGAGCGGGCGCGGGUUGCGGAGCAGAUUGGGUUCAAGCAGAUUGGGAAGCAGCUGCCGGACGACGUGACGCUGACGGACGUGAUCAACUCGCUGCCGAAGGAGGUGUUCCAGGUGCAGGAGUGGAAGGCGUGGUGGGGCGUGUUCGUGACGGUGUCGAGCUGCAUCGGGUCGCUCGCGCUGCUGUCGGUGACGCCCAACUGGCUGCUGCCCGUCUCGUGGUUCAUCGCCGGCACGGCCUUCACGGGCCUCUUCACGGUCGGGCACGACUGCGCGCACCGCGCCGGGUUCAAGAACAAGCUCGUGGAGGACGUCGUGGGCACGGUGAUGAUGGCGCCGCUGAUUUACCCGUACGAGCCGUGGCGCAUCAAGCACAACCAGCACCACGCGCACACGAACAAGCUCGAGGUCGACACCGCGUGGCACCCCGUCCCGCGCGAGGAGAUGGCCAAGUGGGGCCCCGUGAAGUCGUUCCUGUACCAGACCUUCCUCGGCACGCCGCUCAAGCUCUGGGCCUCGAUCGGGCACUGGCUGAUCUGGCACUUCAACCUCGACCUGUACGAGGAGAAGCAGAAGCCGCGCGUGAUGGUGUCGCUCGCCGCGGUGUUCGCGUUCAUGGCGAUCGGGUGGCCGACGAUCAUCUACUACACGGGCGUCUGGGGCUUCGUCAAGUACUGGCUCAUGCCCUGGAUGGGCUACCACUUCUGGAUGUCGACCUUCACGCUCGCGCACCACACCGCGCCGCACAUCCCCUUCAAGGAGGCCAAGGACUGGAACCCCGCGCAGGCGCAGCUCGGCGGGACCGUGCACUGCGACUUCCCGCGCUGGGUCGAGUUCCUGACGCACGACAUCAACUGGCACGUGCCGCACCACGUCAACGCCAAGAUCCCCUGGUACAACCUCCGCAAGGCCACGCAGAGCCUCCGGGAGAACUGGGGCGAGUACAUGAACCACACCGACUUCAACCCCCGGAUGCUGCGCUACAUGUGCGCCGAGUGCCACGUCUACGACCCGGAGAACAACUACGUGCCCUUCGACGACCCCGCGCUCACGGGCAAGGACGAGCGCCGCCCCGUGUUCCAGCUCCAGCGCGCCCUCCUCAAGUGA